AGUGUAAGAGUGCUAUAUAUACGCGCCUGUAAUAUAACCGAACCUCACAACCAAUUCGCCGAGAAAAGUAGUACCUUUAUAUCAAAGUGUAUAUUAUAUAUAUAAAUGAAAAUAUUCUAUGGAAAAGCUGUAAACAUUUUUCAAUUAUAAAAUAAUUAUACCUGUAACAGUUAUAUUUACAUGGAUAAUAUGUGAGGUAUUUGUUUUAAGCGGUUAGGAGAAUUGAUUAGUUCUGCACGUGGAUAACGAGGAUUUCGUGUUUGUCUUUUCACAACUGAAAGGAAUGCCAUUCAUAAAAUAGAGCAAAAAUGUAAAUAACAUACAUUUGCUUAACUAAUGCUUUAUAUAGAACACUCACUUAAACUUAAACGUGUGUACGAAGAUGCGAGUUACGGAUAAAUAUGUACAUGCAACUUCCUCUGGAAAACAUGAGAAUCAAGUGUAGGAUGCAGUAAAACACACAAACAGGGAAGUUGGAAGUUUAGAUACAACAGAUAACAUCAAUAUAUACUGUGUGAGAAAAUGUGUAGUUGUUAGAAAAACAGCCUGAAUUCAGUAAUCCCAGAUGGUUCAGCCGAAAGGCGGGAUGGCACGUGAUGAAGUGGAGGCAGAUCUUCCAGAUCAGGAUCAGGCAAAGGAUUUUUAUGCUACAUAUGACCCGAAAGAAAUUCUUGGAAGGGGUAUAAGUAGUGUAGUUAGAAAAUGUACAGAAAAGAAUACGGGUAAAGAAUAUGCCGUAAAGAUCAUUGACAUCAGCGGCGAACGAUCAGACUCGUACCAAGCCGAACAGACCAAGGAUGACAGUAUACGAGAGAUUAACAUUCUACGCAUGUGUACUGGUCACGAACAGAUAAUUGAACUCCAUGAUGCAUUUGAAACCCCCACCUUCUUCUUUCUAGUCUUUGAAUUAUGUAAACAGGGAGAAUUGUUUGAUUACCUAACUCAAGUUGUAACCUUAUCAGAAAAACGUACUAGAAUGAUUAUGAAGCAAUUACUAACAGCGGUAGAGUAUUUACAUAGCAAAAAUAUAGUCCAUAGAGAUUUAAAGCCUGAGAAUAUACUCUUAGAUGACAACUUGAAUGUAAAGCUGUCAGAUUUUGGUUUUGCCACAGUUCUAGGUCCAAACGAAGAAUUAGCAGAAUUAUGCGGAACACCUGUUUACCUUGCACCUGAAGUACUGGAUGUCUCGUACGGCAACGUGCCCGGGUACCGACAUGAGGUAGACAUGUGGGCGUGUGGAGUUAUUAUGUAUACAUUAUUGUGUGGAGCGCCGCCUUUCUGGCAUCGUAAACAGAUGCAAAUUUUUCGAAUGAUUAUGCAAGGAAAUUAUAAAUUUGGGAGCCCAGAAUGGGACGACAUUAGCCAACCACCAAAAGAUCUGAUUUCCAAAUUGUUGGUCGUAGAUCCACGAAAAAGGCUUGCUGCAAAAGAGGCCUUAGAGCAUACCUUCUUCAAACGAGAGAUCACUCCAGAGAAGAAGUUUGAAGCAAAGAAACAUUUUAAGGCAGCAGUAUUGUGUAUCAACUUUUUUUACCGGCUGAAGUUCUUCUUCAACAAUCCACCACCGGUGUCCAUAGACAUUCUUAAGUCCAAUCCAUACAGUGUCAAAUAUUGCCGGAAAUUGUUGGACGGUUGUGCUUUCAAGAUGUACGGACACUGGGUGAAGAAAGCAGACAAUCAAAAUCGUGCUGCUCUGUUUGAGCAUGUGCCACGUGACGAAUGGCAGAUGAUGAUUGAUUCUAUUUUAGGAAACUAACCGAAUGAUUUAAAACAUGUAGAUGUUCAGCUCCAAAAAUUGUGAUAUCACAAACGCUUUUAGGGAAACUGUUAGUGUGGAACUAUUUGCACACCUACGUCCCAGUUCGCUUGAUUAGGAACGUUUACGUUAGAUAGUGACUGGGGAUUACAACUACGAGGAUGAAUUAUUCCAUUUUUGUGUAGCUUUCUUAUAGUUUGACAGACAUUUCUUGGGAUAUAUUGAAAGAGAAGACUUGAAUUGCCCGCGUUUCUUUCACAAGACUUGACAUGCUCGUUCUAAAGCUUAACCUUAGAAUGAUAUAACUUUGUAAAUGCACCAAUUUUAACUAGUCUACAGAAAUUGUAAGGCAAGUUUGAACCAGGUGGCUUGUCUUUCCAUUCCAUGUUGUUGUUGGCUUUGUAUGUCUUUUUGUUGUUGUUGUUGUUGUUGCAGGCUUCUAUGAAAUAAUUGCUAAAUUUUCUGCCCUGGAUGAUACAUAUGUAAAUUUCGUUCCCUGGAUUGUACAUGCAUAAAAUUUAUCUUUUAUAUUGUUUACAAAAAACUCUGCAAUUUCUUUUUCAACCGUUGUCUGCAAAUGAGAAGAAUUAUAUGUUCAGAAUAAGGAAACAAUUCGUAAAUUCAAGAAAAAUAAAACAAAAAGUUUGGUACAAAGUUCGAUUAGUUUGAUGCUCGUAAAAAUAGCCAGAGAAUCAAGUAAAUUUUGGCAGUUAAAAGUACCGGUAUUUAUAUGGCUUGUGGUAUAAAAUUUUGCAGUUGUUUUGUAGUAGCCAAAAUGAUCAAGUGUUAAACAGAUCAAGGGAGAAUUUUCAAAUGGUUCAGAGGACAAUAUUUUCAGAUAUUUUCUUUAAGUAUCACUGUCACAGCCUUUUAACAUAGUUUUGAAAGUAUGUGAUCUCGUAUUUUCAUUCUUGCACACAUUUGUUCUGUAUCACUAGCAGAGAAAACAUGGAAAUAAUACAAGUUAAUUGAAGUUGGGUAAACUGGCAACUAGGCCUGUAAACUGGCAACUAGACUUGUAAACUGGCAACUAGACUUGUAAACUGGAAACUGACAUAGGUAAAAUGGCAACCAGUUGUAGGUAAACUAGCAACCAAUCUGAGGUAAACUAGCAACCAAUCUGAGGUAAAUUAGCAACCAGUCUUAAACUUAAAUAAACAUUCUGUGUUGAUUGCUGGUUCCACUUUUCUCACUAUAGAAAUACUUAUACUUCUUGAAACAAUGGUACAUAAUUAUACAAUGUACAUUUUGUGUAUCUAAUAUAAACAAAUUAUCAUUAUUUGAAAGUGACAGAGAA